AUGGCUGACCACUUAGAGCAGCUGGUGCUCUCAGGCAAGCUCUUCAAUGGCGGCAGUCGCUCUUCAUCUCCAGAACGCUCCCCAUCGCCUGAUGCAUUGUGGCCUGACGACGGCGAAACCUAUUCUGACAGUUCAGACACUACUGUUGACCGCUUGCAGCAGAUCGAGAGCGCUCUUGGUGGCGAAGGGGGGGCACCAUCUAUCGGCAUGGGGCCGGGCCGCACGGGCGUGAAAGGGGUGAUUCGCGAUCGUGACGAGGCGAGUGCACUCGCGCGCGAUCGCAACGCAAGAGAUGCACAAGCGUUGGCACGGGCUAUGGAGAAGGCUAGCUUGGGAGGGAAGACGUUCUUAGAAGAGGAAAAGGAGAGGGAGUGGGAGAAGGCCACGUUGGAGGGGAUCUUGGGUGGUACACCGGCGGUAUUAAGUGGCAAGCGGGUGGGGAGAUUUGGGCAUUUGAGGGAGGUUGGUAUGAGAGGGUUUGUGCCGGCUGUUGAGGAAGAGGAUAGGAGUGUAUGGGUGGUAGUGCACAUCUACGAUCCGUCACUCCACCGGUGUGAUGCCCUAGACGACACUCUUGCGCGUCUUGCACGAUUGCACACCGAAACCAAAUUUAUUCGAUGUCGGGCGAGCGCUAUCGGCUUUGCAUCUACAGCAUCCUCCCGCCCGCGUCGCCCACCUUCUUCGUCGUACCUCUCUCGUUCGCGAGUUACGCCGGAUCGGAUCGGCGGCACUGUUGACGAAGACGAUCCGUACGGCGACAUCACCGACGAGAAGAGGUCUGAAGAUGACGACUUUGGCGAAGAGGACGAGGAUGUCGUGGACACAGACAUGCUUCCCACCAUGCUUGUGUAUCGGGCGGGGGACCUUGUUCACAACUGGGUACGUGUAGACUGGGAAGCAGGAGUGGCGGGUGUCGGAGAUUUAUUGGAGCGGCACCACAUCGUUGCCCCUGCACGCUCAGGGAGCAGCAAUCUUGGCUUCCCUUCUGACGACGAAGACGACCUGGCACUCAGCGGCUCGGAGAACGGGUUUUGA